AUGGAAAACAUUAUUAACGUGUUCUGUUCUGGAAUAAAAGAAUCUAAAAUUAUAAAAAUACACUACAAAAAUAUAGAAUCAAAUGUUUCUAAUACAACAAGUCAUCUUAAUAUUCGAAUUACAAGCAAGGAAUCUAUAUUUAAUAUCCCUUUUGAUAUUUAUUGUGUACAAAAAGAUGGACGAUAUGUGUUCGGCCCUCUUAAAAUUCCACUUGAUUCUGAAAUAUUACCUGAAAAUUUAGAUUUUUUCAAAUCUGAACUUUGCAAGUAUUUAAAAUAUUACUUGAAUAAUUUUGAUAACAAAAAAAUGACAGUAAAUGAAAAAGCAGAUUUUGAUUUUAGACACAAUAUUUAUAUUAAUGCUGAAAAUAAUAGGUAUUUUGCAUUUUAUAAAAAAUACAUGAAUGGACAUUUAAUAUCAACUGAUAACAACUGUCUACAUAAUCUUACACAUAAAUAUUCUAGUACAAAACUGCUAGACGACAUUUUAAAAUUAAAACCCAACAUGUUAUUUUAUGCCACCAUCCUACCUAUUUUGCCUUUAGAAAUAACAUUAUAUAUUUUACGACUACCAAAAGAUAAUUUAAUAGACAUUUUUUUUUAUUUUAAGGUAUACAGAAUGUACCAUAAAAUUUCUCCUAGAAUAUCUUACUUAUGUCUUAAUAAUAUUAUUAACAGAUUAAAGGACACUCUUAAUAUUAAUCUUAUUGAUAAUUUUACUAAUAUUUCAUACAAUUAUAUUUUAGGAUUUAAUUGGAGUAAAUACCUUAAACCUAAAGAUGUUAAAUAUUUAGAAGAAUAUGAUUUUAUGAAAAAAAGAUAUUAUUUUAAAAUUUUAUCUGGUAAUUUAAUUUAUAAAAAUGACACACCUGUUUUUAACAAACUAGAAUCAAAUUAUGUUACAGAUUGUUUUAUAAUAAAAACUGAUAGAGGUGUAUUUAUUAAUACCUUAAAAAUAAAAGUAAAAGAUAAGUAUUAUUUUUUACCAGUGUAUCAAUAUGUAAAAAAUAAUGAUAAAUUGUUAGUAGACUUAUCUAUGUUAAAUCAUUUGGAUAAUUUUUCUAUAGCAAUAAUUACAUACGAUGACGUAUUAAUAAAUAUUACAGAGAUGUUUACUUAUGUUAAGAAAACAAUAAAUCUUUCAUAUGAAAUUUACGUAGAUAUAAAUGUAAAGAUAUACAAAUUUAGCAAAAAGUGUGCUAUUAUUUGUAGUAGUUCAAAAAAAGAAGAUACUGAUUUUUAUUAUUUUCUUGUACCAUUUGGAGAAAAUGCCAAAUUUAUUUAUGCUAUUUGUAGUGAUUUUAUGGAAGAAAUUAAUUUUUUAUAA